AUGGAUGUGUUAGAAGACUCAAAUACAAAAGAAGAAAAAUUCUUAACAUCACCGACAAUUGUGAAAGAAGAGGAUGAUAAUGUCAAUGAAACUAAUACAUUACAUGCUUCUGGUGCUGAAAUUACACAUACUGAUACAGUUUCUGUAGGUCUAAAAAAAGGUCAAAGAACUGACAAUUAUGCGUCAAAUAACAUUGAAUUACAAAUAGCUAGAAAAAUCGAGUUUUUGGGCCAUCCACUAUCUUCAGAGCUAUUGGAUAGGCUGGACAAAGAUAGAGAUUCUGAAAGAGUCGACAGUGAUAAUACAGGUUUCAGUAAUCAGUAUGAUAACAGUAAAUAUUUGCAUUCUUACCCUUAUAGGUGCUAUUCUGUUGAAGAGAAUAGAGGUGGUAGUGUAGAGUAUGGAAAUAUUACAUCUAGUUAUGAACAGGAGAAUCCUACAAUGGUAGCACGUAAAAGGUCUAAUAGUAAAGCUUCCUCCAGUGGAACUAGGACAGUGCGCAACUCAUCUGAUAUAUCGCCAGCCUCAAAAAUAUUUCGAAACUUAUUAAUUCUUGAAGAUGAUUUAAGACAACAAGCUAGACAACAAAAGAGGUUAAGAUGGCAAUAUACUACAUUCUAUUCUACACUGAUGGGAGUUGCAGGGUUUGCUGUCUAUGAAUUAUAUUUUACAACAUCAACUCUUGUAACCCCUGAACAAAAUUAUUACUUAUCUACAACCUAUUCAAAUAAUAAUGAUAAUAGCAAACAGCUCAAUCAUCGUUAUGUCAACAGUAACAAUGCAUUGUAUAGGUUUAUAUUACAAUUAAUGUUGGUGUUUGUCAUAAUUACAGUUUUUCUGUUUUACAUCAGUGGACAAUACAGAAGGACGAUUAUAUUACCAAGACGAUUUUUUAACACCACUAAUAAAGGUAUAAAACAAUUCAAUAUAAGAUUGAUAAAAGUUCACUCUUCAUGGGAUGAAAAAUUUACUGAUUUGGUCAGGUUCAUUACAAGAAAUGUUGCAUUGAUUCAGUUGUGGAUUCUCUGUCAAAUAUUUAAGUGUGGUGACAAUGUGGUAGUACGAUUUUGGGAAAAUGUUCGAAUUCGAUCUCAACCACGAAUUGGUGCAGUAGAUGUUAAGUUGGUAUUGAAUCCAAAGGCAUUUAGAGCAGAAGUCAGGGAAGGUUGGGAGAUAUAUAGAGAUGAAUUUUGGGCCAGAGAAGGUGCUAGACGACGUAAAACUCAGUCAAUAAAAUAA